AUGGCGGUAGGGAACGAGAGGAAAUGGGGAAGCUCCUUCUGGUCGUGCUGCUGUGGAAGACGCAGUCCACGCGUUCGUUCAUAUUGGUCAUCGUCCUCGGAGCCGGCGCGAUCUUCACUAGAACAGAAGUUAGUGGAAGAAGACGGAGUACUCCAUUUGUCGGAGCUAAGCGCAAUCCAAACAAAGCCCGGAUGGAAGGCCAUGCCCUACAUUUUAGGAAACGAGACGAUGGAGAGGUUGGCAACGUAUGGGCUGACGGCAAACUUCAUGGUGUAUCUGAUGAGGGAGUUUCAGAUGGAUCAGGUGGUCGCUGCAAACAUUCUCAACAUUUGGAGCGCCGCCUCCAAUUUUGCGACCAUAAUUGGUGCCUUUGUUGCUGAUAAUUAUCUUGGCAAAUUUCGGACCAUUGCUUUGGGAUCCUUCGCAUCUCUCGCGGGUAUGGUGAUAAUAACAUUAAUAGCCUGGCUGCCGCAACUGCGCCCUCCGCCAUGCAUAACUUCACAGCAGCAACAACCGGGCCUCUGUAUUGGCUACACCAAAGCCCAACUGGGAGCCUUACUUGUGGGCCUAAGCGGGUUAGCCAUUGGCACCGGCGGAAUCAGGCCGUGCAGCAUUCCCUUUGGCAUUGAUCAAUUUGAUGUAACCACUGUUGAAGGAAGAAAAGGAACCAACAGCUUCUACAACUGGUAUUACACCACACAAACUGUCAUCUUGUUGGUCAACCAAACCCUGGUGGUCUAUAUCCAAGACUCCGUCAGCUGGUCCCUGGGGUUCGGGAUCCCGACAGUGCUGAUGUUAUGCGCAAUUAUCUUACUAUUUGCGGGAACUAAGAUUUACGUGCACGUUAAACCAGAGGGAACCACGUUUUCCGGCAUUAUGCAGGUGUUUAUAGCAGCUUACAAGAAGCGCCGAUUUAGGCUUCCGGCUAAUGGAGAGGUAGUUGGAAUUUUCUACGAUCCUCCACCGGAGGAAAGUGUAGCUUCAAAGCUCCCCCUCACCGAAGAGUUAAGGUUCUUGAACAAAGCAGCUUUGAUAGAGGACAAGGAAGUGAAACCGGAUGGUUCUUGUACAAUUCCAUGGAAACUUUGCAGCAUCCAAAAGGUUGAAGAGGUAAAAUGCCCAGUAAAAAUUGUCCCAAUAUGGACAUCGUGUGUCAUCAGCUUCAUCUCCAUGUCACAACAAGGAACAUUCAUCGUAUCACAAGCCUUGAAAAUGGACCGGAACCUAGGACCCAACUUUCAAAUCCCUGCCGGUUCACUGAGUAUCAUAUCACUUGUCACGAUUGGCCUAUGGCUUCCAUUGUAUGACCGCAUUCUACAACCGGCAAUUGCAAAAUACUCUGAACGUGAAGAGGGGAUGACAACUCUCCAAAGAAUAGGGUUUGGGAAUGUUUUCUCAAUUCUAACAAUGGUGGUCGCCGGAGUGGUUGAGCAGCGGAGAAGGGUUUUGGCAACGUCGUAUGCUGGGCCGGAUGGGGUCGCACCCAUGUCUGUCAUGUGGUUAGCGCCGCAGGAGAUCCUAAUGGGCCUUUGUCAGGUAUUCAACACAGUUGCACUGAUUGAAUUUUAUAACAAGCAAUUUCCUGAAAACAUGAGGAGCAUAGGCACGUCACUAUUCUAUCUCACAUCUGCCGGGGCAAGCUAUCUGAAUAGCUUGGUGGUGAAUAUCGUGCAUAAUGUAACCGGCAAGGAUGGCCGGCCCGACUGGCUGACCAACGAUAUUAAUGUUGGCAGAUUGGAUUAUUUCUACUUCCUCAUAGCCGGAUUGGCGGCGGUGAAUUUGGUCUACUUUUUGUUCUGUGCUCAUCAAUAUCGUUACAAACUUACAAGGCCAGUGUAA